GCAGAACCAUGCUAGGUUUAAACAGGAUUCUGAGCCUCCGUGCUUCCCGGAUUCGGAGCAGUGGUUCGCCCGUAGCCAAGCUCUCCCCCAGGUCUUCUUCAUGCCAAAACUCCGGUGCCAGUUCGAGGAUUUACUGUGCGUGUCUGCUGCUCCUGCUGCUGGUGACGCCUCGGGUGGACUCUUCGUGGUGAGAGCCUCCAGUCUCCAUCCUCUUGCCCAGCCUCGUAAAACCCGACCACACAGCUACACGCUCCCUGACCUCCACCAGCUGACCCGCCAAAGCCCCGCAGCCACCGAGAUGCACACAAUGAGAUCUAGAGUAUAUUUUGGGUACAUCGGUGCUCUCGGGGCCCGUGUGAUCUGCGACAACAUCCCAGGUUUGGUGAACAAGCAGCGGCAUCUUUGCCAGCGGCAUCCAGACAUCAUGCAGGCCAUCGGCGAGGGCACCAAAGAGUGGAUCAGAGAAUGCCAGCACCAGUUCAGACACCACCGCUGGAACUGCAGCACGCUGGACCGCGACCACACCGUGUUUGGACGUGUCUUGCUACGGAGUAAGUCCAUGGGUAGUCGUGAAGCAGCAUUCGUCUACGCCAUCUCCUCAGCAGGAGUGGUGUAUGCGCUCACUCGCGCCUGCAGCCAGGGGGAGCUGAAGACGUGUAACUGCGACCCUCACAAGCGUGGACGGGACAGCGAUGACAGAGGAGACUUUGACUGGGGUGGCUGUAGUGAUAACAUCAACUAUGGGAUAAAGUUUGCCAAAGCCUUUAUAGAUGCCAAAGAAAGGACUGUCCGAGAUGCACGGGCGCUCAUGAACCUACACAACAACCGCUGUGGCAGAACAGCUGUAAAGCGAUUCAUGAAGCUGGAGUGUAAAUGCCACGGUGUGAGUGGUUCUUGCACGCUGCGGACAUGUUGGAUGGCCAUGUCAGACUUCAGGAAGACCGGGGACUACCUGAGGAGAAAAUACAACGGAGCCAUCGAGGUGACAAUGAAUCAGGACGGGACAGGCUUUGCCGUAGCUAACAAAGCCUUCAGGAAGGCCACCAAGAAUGACCUGGUCUACUUUGAGAACUCCCCGGAUUACUGCCUACAAGACAAAACAGCAGGCUCCCUGGGAACGGCUGGUCGAGUCUGCAAUAAGACAUCACGUGGCACAGAUGGCUGUGAGGUCAUGUGCUGUGGGCGGGGCUACGACACCACAAGAGUCAAGCAAAUCACCAAGUGUGAGUGCAAGUUCAAAUGGUGCUGCGCCGUGGAGUGUAAGGACUGUGAGGAAGCUGUGGACAUACACACGUGCAAAGCUCCCAAACGAGCUGAAUGGUUGGAACAGACCUGAGGACACGCCCCGCUGCCCCCUGUAAUACAACCCCGCCCCUUUUCCCUUUACUACAGGACAUCCUGUGGAACAUGGCAUUCUGGGAAAGAUUGUAUAAAAGUGCUCUGCGUCUCCGCCCUCCCCUGCCCCCAUCUUGGUUCAUCAUUGCAUGGCUUUUCAACCUGUCUCUGUGAAAGCACUAGAAUUCAGUACCCAUCAAUAUGAAUGAACACCCAGAAGCCCCGGUUCGUGAAUGGCCCUGUGACUGAACUGCUGGGAUGAACGGUGAAACCAGUGAAAACUUUGGGGUUUGGGUGAAUUGGGCUUUUAUUGAAGAAUUAGUCCAGAUGGCCUUUUCUCUACCGUGUGGCUCUGGGUUAAGAAUGGUUUGCUGCUUUCAUGAUGCUUUAAAGACACAUUUUUAUAUUAACUGAGCCUUCAAACGUAUUCAGUAUUAAUACAACAACAUCAUAUACUCGCAUAAUUGUUACUCUUUUCUACCCAAAACGAACACUUGGUUGGACUUUGGGAAGUAGCUUGACAAGUGCACUUUGAGAAGUGAUAAUCUAGGCAUGCGUUUGACUCUGUGUGGACAAGCAGAAGUCCAGGCUAUGGACUACAAGAAGACAAGGAGAUGGACACUAGAUGAAUAAAUGGACAGAUGCAUCAUUGGGACUUUGAAUGCAACUGUAUAACAAGAGAGGAAAAAAAUGCUUUUUAAAGAGAUUUAUUUAAAUUGUUAAGUGUUGUUUCAUUUCUCAUCUGCGGAUGAGACUGCACUACAUUGGCUGACAAGAGGAUAGAGAAAAGCACUCCCAUUAUUAUGAUUAUACAGUGUACUCUAGUUUCAGUGUGUGAGACGACGAACUGCCGCUGAGGAGAAAAAAGAAGAAAAAGGAGAUGGCCUGGAUGGUCAUUGAGUCACACAUAACUACAACAUCAGACUGUUUUCCCUUCUCUGCUCUUCAGCUUGCCUGUAUAACUGUGUAUAUUGCCUUGUUCAUAUGAAAUAUAUGGUGCAUUAGU